AUGCACUACUCCACCGCCGCCAAGUUCAUGGAGCGAUCGGCCAUGACGCAGCUCUACCGUCGCCAGGCCAUGGGCUUACUCAAGCGUCAGCGCUUCGACUCGGUCAUGGCUUCUUCCCUCACCUACCGGUUCGCCUCGACCAUUGCCCCCACGGCCCAAGCGGCAGUGAAGCCCGCCGUCGCGGAGAAGGCUGCUCAUCUUGAGCCGACCAACGCCACCAACGAGCCCGCCUACAAGGCGCACUUCACGCUGUCUCGCAUCCCAACCAGCGAGAAUGGCGAGCCGAUCUGGGAGAACCCCAUCAACCACGCCGUGUACGACCUCGACAAGAUCGCCACCAUGGAGCAGACGCACCACCCCAUCGUCAAGAUGCACGAGCGCGUCGCCUACAUGGCCGUCAAGGCGCUGCGCACGGGCUUCGACGUCAUCUCCGGCUACCGCGGCCCCGGCGGCGCCAUGACCGAGAAGGACUGGCUCAACCGCUGCCUCUUCCUCGAGUCCGUGGCGGGCGUGCCCGGCAUGGUGGGCGGCAUGCUGCGCCACCUGCGCUCGCUGCGCCUGCUCAAGCGCGACUACGGCUGGAUCCACACGCUGCUGGAGGAGGCCGAGAACGAGCGCAUGCACCUGCUCAUCUUCAUGAACAUCAAGCAGCCGGGCUACUUCUUCCGCGCGCUCGUGGUGGGGGCGCAAGGCGUCUUCUUCAACGGCUUCUUUCUGACGUAUCUCGUCUCGCCCAAGACGUGCCACCGCUUCGUGGGCUACCUCGAGGAGGAGGCCGUCAAGACGUACUCGUGUCUGCUGCAGGACAUCGAGGACGGCCACCUGGACGCGUGGAAGGAAAAGAAGGCGCCGCUCAUCGCGCAGACGUACUACAAGCUGCCGGAGGACGC